AUGUCUCAAGGCCAUCGUCAGCUAGACAGCAGCCUGAUCUGCCGGGUCAUCUUGCCGUUGAUUCAGUCCAACCCCUCUGUAAGCAUUCCAGUUUUGCAAGGUGCAGUCCAAGCAAGCUAUCACUUCAAACCAUCCUACAGAAAGGUGUGGAUGGCCAAGCAGAAGGCAAUUGCACAAAUCUAUGGGGAUUGGGAAGAGUCGUACAAUAAGGUUCCUAAGUUGCUUCAGGCACUGCAGAGCUAUUUUCCUGGUACCAUUUGUGACCUAAGCGUCAAACCAUUCUAUGAUAGACACCUCCUGGUACGUGACUGCAGUAUGUUCGACAAGGUAUUUUGGUCUUUCCCGUCAUGUGUCGAAGCCUUCCAGCAUUGUAAGCCCUUUGUCUCUGUAGAUGGUAUGCAUCUGUAUGGCAGGUAUGAUGGUGUGUUGCUUAUUGCGGUGGCGCAAGAUGGGAAUAGCAACGUCCUGCCUAUUGCUUUUGCCAUUGUGGAGUCCGAGAGCACCGAGUCAUGGUCGUUCUUCCUAACUAAUAUGAGACGUGACGUCACCCCAAAAGAUGGCAUGCUGGUUAUCUUUGACAGAUUUCAGGCUAUUAAGGCCACGCUUAGCUCCGAUGACAGUGGUUGA